AUGAAAAAGAAAUAUUUAAUAACGUUAGACGGUUCUGAUCACUCUGAAUAUUCUUUAUUGUGGGCUCUUGAAAACUUGGUUGAUCCGCAAAACGAUAUUUUAUUACUGCUAAGCGUAGGUGUAUUACCUGCCGGUACUCCAUGCGAAUAUUCCGCCGUAACUCGAAAUAUAUUAUAUGGAAGUGAUGUAACAAAAGAACGUCAAAAGGCCGAAGAAUAUGCGAGGGAAGUUGUAAAUAAUGGUAAAAAGCUCAUCACAAAUUUUUUUGCCACACAGGAACGAGGACAAAAUGAGAUACCAUCUUUAAAUGUGGAAUGCUUCGUAAAUUCUAGUUCUGAUCCUGCAAGAUAUAUUGUUGAUUUUUCAAAAAAACAAAAAGUUGAUGUAAUAGUGAUGGGACAUCGAGGAACUUCUUUGCGAAAUGUUAAUAAAAUAGGAAUGGUAUCUCAACAUUGCCUUCAUUCUGCUGGAUGUACAGUUGUAAUUACGAAGAAAAAAUAG